AUAACGACUGCACCUCUCAUUUUGUCGACAACGAUCUAAGCGCGCGGACGAUACGAACGAAAUCAAAAUGUCCAAGGAGGAACUUAUCAAGGGAGUGUUGUACGUUGUCAAUGUGAUCUACGCUGUUUUCGGUCUAGUCACCGCCGCGACCGGGAUAUGGUUCUUUGUGCAAUUAGCCGAGUUCGUCAGUCUCAGGAACAGCAACCAUUACUUGCUGGACUACCGCGUCUACUGGCCACAGGUCGCGCCAUGGCUUUUCAUCCUGUUGGGUCUGUUUGUUAUGAUGGUGGCGUUUUGCGGAUGGUGCGGCGCUAACAAAGAGAGCCGGGGACUUCUGGGCAUCUACGGGAUCUUCCUGAUCCUCAUCAUCGUUGGACAAGCGAUCGCAGCCACGUUAAUCUUCGUGUUUGUGGACGGAGAAGACACAGACCGCUUCAUCAAGGACACUGUCUACGACGGCUACUACAACUCCCAGUCGAAUCCUGACGUGUUCAAAGCGUUCGGGAGGAUUGAAAGGAAACUGAGGUGUUGCGGUGCGAACGACGCCAGGGACUAUCGGAGCUGGAGAAACGAUCUGCCCCUGACGUGCUGCCUGGACAGCUACUACCGGGCCUCCUGCGACUUCACCGACAAGGAAGCCAACGAGCGUCUCGGCUGUGCCAAGGUCGCAUCCGUCUACACCAAAAUCAUCAGCUCUUCGGUCGCCGGAGCGUCGCUUCUGAUAUCGCUUGUGGAAAUAGCAGGCGUCGUGCUGGCCUGGAGACUGUUUCACUCGCUGCGAGAGGUGGAACACUACAUCCACGAGCGGAAGGAAGGUGAAACCGAAUGCUAGUAUCAAAUACUAAGCUAGUAUUAAAUUGUACCGCCGAUUUUGUGCCUUAUUACCGAGGAGGAAGGGUUUUGUUCGUGUGACGCCUUGAGGAUCGUUUAUGUUUUUUUUUUCUAUACGACACGAUCGUUGGCUAGAUGCCGGAGAGGUAAAUAUUUUAGUUGAUUAUUUAAUAUAUUUUUAAAUUUUAUUUCAAUUUUAAUUGUAGUUAAGUUGAGGUUUUUUCGUCCAUAUUGUAUUAUCGAAAUAUUUCGAAAGGACAUUUUGUUAACAUAACGAAUGUCAAAUGUUUUUUUUUUUCGUUGAAGUAAAGUUCAUUUCCUUGAGUGGAAGGAAUUUUAGAAAUCUUUAUUUCGUAGGAAGGUUUUCCUAAAAAGCUUUAAGGCAAGCUGUCUUAUUGUUAGAUGUAAUUACUGCCAAAGGGUCACGGGUUGAAUCUUGAGUGGGUUCAAUUUGUAUCCUUUUUAUUUGAGUGACUCAUAACGAUAUGACUCAAUAAACUGUGAGUAACUGUGAACUCACGCCCCCACCUCUAUGUUACGCUCAUAAAUUAAUUAACUAUUAAUUUCCGUCGUUAGAAACGAUUUCAAAUAAAUUACAUUUUAAUGACGUCUCUAAUGAAAGUUGGAUGUUCCGGGUUUGUAUCAAAAAAAUUCUGACAUUUGCGUGGUCAUUAAUAAAUUUUCAAGAAAUUGAAGCUUACAGCACGACGUAUAGAGUCCGUUUUUGUAUGUUUCGAGAAUAGAUACGUCUAAAUGGUAUUAAGAAUAUGGAAUCUCGUUUUUAGAAGUUAAUGAUAUGUUGCUGCGAAUGAGAAUCAUCUUAGUUUAAUUAGUAUGCGAUAACCUCCUUCGACUGAUACUCUUUUAUCUUUAAAUUGUUGAAAAACUCUUCAUAAGGCUUGCUGUUUCAUUCAAAAACAAACAUUCUUUCUUUGAAAAUAAAACAUACAUUACAACUUCGAAAUUCGUAUAUACAACCUUCUAGUUCCGAAAGAUAAACACUUAUAAUAGUGAAAACUGUUUGAACGCGAGUACCGAUGGUACGUUUUGUUUCAUAAUCCACUGCUGCGUGGUUUGAAAGUUUUGUUUAUUUAGAACGCAUUCAGCGAGCAAUGUACUACGAUUAUAUCACACACUCGAAACUUUCACAUAUCUGUUACCGUUGGAAUGUCAUUAUAUCAUGAUUAUAGUUUUGUUAAAAGACCCUAAGUUAGUUAAAGUACUAAAAGAUAAAUUUAAUUUAUUUAAGAUAUUAUAUUUAAUCGACGGUUUCCACAGAACUACUGGUGACUUAGAAUAGCCUCUGCUUCUGCGAGAUGUACAGCGCAUGAAACAUCAAUAGAAUUGACAAUUCUCCUUGACUCCAUUCUUAAGCUCAAGUUUCGAAAUAUGUUAGCACAUACCAGCAGAGGUCCAUGAGAAAAAUUCUACCUCAAAUGUAGCAUCCAAUUCGAAUUGACCCGUCAAUUAUUAGAACGCUGACUAGCGUCACGGUUCAUUGAAUGUUUGACGUUGCUAGUGACCAAGUAACAUAGAUCUAAGCGUUGUAUGAAAAGUUUUAUCAUUCACGGUUCUUAACUAUUUGGUUUAAAUCCAAACAACAUAGACCUCUAUGAUAGUGAUGAUCAAUACAGCUUUAGAUCAUUGUAUUUUGGUUUUUUCCAUCGCCAGAACUCCAUGAUCUGUUUUUUAUAUGAAGGACUGUUAGUGUAGUGGUUCUGAUUAAUAUUGGCGGCUCAUGGUGCCCAUGGAUCGAGGUCGGUUGUGUAAGCUGUGAGGUGUGUCGCUUGAACAGUCCGUAUGUUAAUUUUUACGCAACCUCCUUGUGUGUGUGUGUGUGAGCAGAAUUAUAAAAAUUUCGACAUUCAUGUUGCGCAGAGGCACUUUCUAAAGCGUCAAUAUUUAAACAAAUGCACAAUCUAUUGAUAUGUAAGUCUGCAUUUUGAAAUAUCGGCCAUUUUGAAAUAUCGGCCAUUUUGUUAGAUUCUAAAUU